AGGCCUUAUUUCCAACAGUCUCUCGGGCUCCAUCCCUCUUUCCAUUGCUUUGUUGAAAAAUAUCAAUGCACUCGACCUGAGCUUCAACCAGCUGUCUGGUCCCAUCCCCAAGGAGAUUGGUUCCAUGGUCACCCUCUCCAAACUUAAUCUUUCAGACAACCAGCUUUCGGGCAACAUCCCUACAACCUUUGGAGCACUUAUCCAAAUGGAAUUUCUGGACCUCUCAAACAACCAGCUUGAAGACGUCCCUUCCACUUUGGGUGCACUCAGCGUGAUGUCUUACAUGUCCCUCUCUUACAACAAGCUCUCUGGACCCAUCCCUGACACCAUCGGCUCCCUCACCAGCCUUACAAAUCU